AUGCUAACUAACAUUUAUGCUGUCCCUUCAUUAAAUGCCUUUAAAUAUGGACUCUGGUUGCUCCAACAGAACCACAGCUACACCACUGAGGACAACAGACUUUUUCCGUUUUGGCUCUCCAUUUGCCUUCUAGGUAAGUGUCGUGGGCUUCGUACCGCCAGGAAACUGCGCAGUCACCGCCGGGAUCAGAAGUGGCAUGACAAGCAGUAUAAGAAGGCUCACCUGGGCACAGCUCUGAAGGCCAACCCCUUUGGGGGAGCUUCCCAUGCAAAAGGAAUAGUCCUGGAAAAAGUUGGUGUGGAGGCCAAGCAGCCGAAUUCGGCCAUCAGGAAGUGUGUCAGAGUCCAGCUCAUCAAGAAUGGCAAGAAAAUAACAGCCUUUGUUCCUAAUGACGGUUGUUUGAACUUCAUUGAGGAAAAUGAUGAAGUCCUGGUAGCUGGCUUUGGUCGCAAGGGUCAUGCUGUUGGUGACAUCCCAGGAGUUCGCUUCAAAGUUGUCAAAGUAGCCAAUGUUUCUCUAUUAGCUUUGUACAAAGGCAAGAAAGAGAGACCGAGAUCAUAAUUCCUGUGCUGCUUAGGUCUCUAAUAAACA